AUGCAUCAAAGAGACGAUCUACUGACUAGCAGCUCAUUUUCUUCUUCUUCUUCAACGACAACGUCCAAUAUUAUGUCAACGGCUUCUACAAGUACAACCACUGGCAGUGGACAGAAAGUGAAAACUCCAUUAAAGAAGGAGGAAUUGGAAAAGAUUGCUCGUCAGUUAAAAAAGAAGUUAUCAAAGGCAAGUAUAACAGCUAAGCAAUCCUUAUCGCCUACAAAUAUGAAGACCAUGGCUCCAAAUGUACCCAAAUCAUCACCUUUGAGAGGUUAUGUGAAUGCAAGUUUGCAAAAGAAUAGAGAAGCGCCCAACCACGACUCGUUUUUAUCAUCAUCGCCAAACAUCUAUUCGCCCAAUGGUAAAUCCCCCACGCAUAUUAAAACGGCAGCAGCAACUUUCUUGUCAUCAUCACCAUUAAAAAAUAUUGCCAGUGGUGACAACGACGAAUUGAAUGAUUCACCUACAAAGAAGAGAAGGACAAGCUUUUCCCCAAGUAGAAUGGUGCUAACUGAGCUCACACCAUCUGGAAAUGGCGAGCAACAAAAACAAAGUUUGAAACCAUCAUUGGAUAUGAGCACAACUCCAUCGAGGCAGAAUUCGAGAAGGGAUAGUAUAACAACAAAGCUGAGGGACGCUGAAGCUGAAUUUGAUGUGGCCAAAACCCCAGCUCCAGAUACCGAGGGAGCAGACCUUCUCAUAUAUCUUGCAACUUCACCCAGUCCUGCUAAAACGUAUAAACCAAAAGUUUCGAUCGUUGCUCCUGCUUCUCAUUCAAGUCCAAAAGAAGGCGGCAGCUUACACCAGCAAACACAGGUACCGCCACCACCACAACCAUCACAAAAUUUCCCACAACAGAGUGUAUCGACAUUUGCUGUUCCUCAACCUCCGGUCACACCUAAACGGGUAACUGCCCAACAUCAUCAACACACCAGGACCCCACAGAAUAGAUUGACUCCAUUCUUGAAUAACCUAUCCUCUAAUCUUCCAUCGUCAGGGUUGACUUUAACUCCAAGUGGGUUCAAUAUGAAUGAUUAUGUCAAUUUUUUCACUCCAUCUCCGGGCAAUGCCAUGAAUAAUAAAAAUUUACUAAAGACUCCCGAUUUCAACAAUUUGUUAAAUGGAAGUGGAGCUGGUGCUGGUGCCAACUCUGCUCUGGGACAAACUCCCUUAGGUAAGAAGCUUGAUGGGAAAAUGUUGAAUUUCAAUAAAGCGUUGUUUCAAGGACAUGGGCCAGAUUCAACGGGAAAGGAUAUAUAG